AUGCACCCGUAAAAUCGCCGAGACAUGCAAACGGAACGAUUUAUUUGGCUCUUUGGCUUUCUCAGAGCGCCAUGUUUUUCGCCCAGGCCAUAUGUACAACCACACGUAUACCGUACGUCUAUUGUAUGGGAUUCUAGCGAUUGCCAUCAUUCACUGGGCGGCACAAACUACCGCGGCGCUGGCGGUAGGGUGAUUUGGAGCGACGGGCUCUAUCUUGCAUACUUGUAUGGCAAAUGUGAACUCCACACCCUCUCGUUCACUGUUGCCACCCUGCAACGCGUUUAUCGCAUAUUGUUCCUUCUGAGCACCUGCAGUACAGUAUCGACGUCGUCCACUGUUUAACAGUACGCGGUGUCUUGGGUUUUGACUAGACGUUGCUGUGGUUGGCUCAGGCGUUGCCCAUUGGCAUGGAGUAUUCCGUAUCGUCUCGCACCGUACCUAUUGCAUGCUGAAUGCUGCUUGAUAGUCCAUCGUCUUGUACAUAUACUCGGAAGACUCUUCGCGAUAAUAGGCAUGGUACUGUACCGUUGGGUGUUGCUAAUGAUGCCGUGGCGGCGCCGGUAAGGCCCCAUUUCCAUGAUGCAGUUGGCUUUCCGGACUGCAUCCGUCCUUGCAGCUUUCGGCCGGCGCUUGACAAUGAAGGAGGGAAGGAAGGAGAAGAGUUUGCGUCAUGGGGCAUGCUGACUUCAGGUUGGUGUUGACCCUUGGAAUCCUGCUUGAGCUGUCAUUACGGGGCAGAGGCAGGGAAAACGUGAACAACCAACCAUUGAG